UGUUAUUGAACGGGGCUUUCUUCCGAACCGUGUCCGCGCUUCCAAAAGACGUGAUUGAAACUGUUUUUAGACCGACAGAGCGUGUAGAGGUUGAACGGAACGAACCUAAUAUACGCUUUAGAUUUGUUUGAUUUUUUCAAAGUUUUCAGUAAUGGACUCGAAUCAGAAUCCCAGCGACCCACCCCCGCCGACCACCACCUCCCUUCCCCCGCUCACACCCCGCACCAUCGGGCGUCUCAAACCCCCAAGCAAAAUCGCACCCAUGUCGGUCAAACCCCUCUCGUUCACACCAAAAGGUGAUCAAAACGUUGACCCCGACCAACUCCUCACGGCCGAAGACUUUAAAGUCCACACCGUGCCCCAAAAGCGAAAAACAGAAGCACCACCUCCAACGUCUCGUAACACGAGGUUGAAAACGGAUUCUUCUUCUUCUUCUUCAAUUUAUUCUGGGAGUGUGACUGCCCGGUCUACUCGGACGACUACCGUGACGAGGAACCCACCCACACGAGCGAGUACCACCCGUGCUCCAACCAAACCAACAACAACGACAACAACGACACGAUCCACGACAUUGAAAUCCAAACCCUCGACCAUGGCCAAACCUGUAUCCAAACCCGCGAAACCCACCCCAAAAGACUCUGAUGAACCUGUCAAGAAAAAGCGACCGGCGUGGGAUGUCAAGGGGCGGUUACAGGAUUUAGAAGAGUAUCAUCAUCAAACUCAGUCGCAACUGUUGGAUUCUCAGUCUCAGAUUGCGAAUAUGACGGAUGAGUUGUCGAGGAGUCGGUCGACCAUCGAUGAAUUGAUUCAGUUUAGACAAACGCUUGAAAAUCAAGUUCAUGUCAAGGAAGCCGAAAACAGCACGUUUGCGCAACAAGUCACGGAACUACGGGCCGAGUUGUUGGGUGUUGAGAAAAAAUACAAGGAUGAGAUUGCGUUGUUGAUUAGCCGACAUGCAAGAGAGAUUGAGGAGCGGGAGGGCGAGAUUGGGAGGUUGAAGAAGGUGCAAGAGGGGUUGGAUGGCGAGUUACGGAUUGCAAAGGAGGAGAAUAUUACGUUGAGGUCGACGAUUUCGACGCAAAGUGCGUUGAGUGUGUCGCUUGAAUCCGAGUGUCGGGCCAAUAAACUUUUACUCGAGCAAACAGAGUCUACGCUCCGGGACCGCGAAACCCGUAUCCAGACCAUUGAGCAGCAACUUGAUGCAUCCCGGGCUGCUGUGCAGGCACUUGAAGCUAAAGUCCGGGAAGAAGAAACCGUGCGACGGAGGUUGCAUAAUACGAUUCAAGAAUUGAAGGGGAAUAUUCGAGUGUUUUGUCGAGUUCGGCCGCCUUUGGACGCGGAAAAGAGUGAGAAACCGGAUGAAGUCUUGUCGCAUAUUAGUUUUGCAGAGGGGGAUGAACAAGUGAUUGAGUUACGACAAGCUGUGGAAUCGGCUUCGGGACAAAAAACAGUGGAAAAAACGUACCCGUUUUCCUUUGACCGGGUCUUUCCACCCACCACAACGCAACCACAAGUCUUUGAAGAAAUUUCGCAGCUUGUUCAAUCGGCAUUGGAUGGGUACAAUGUGUGCAUUUUCGCGUAUGGACAGACGGGGAGUGGCAAGACUUUUACUAUGGAAGGCCCCAGUCAUGCCCUGGACGACCCCGAUACAAUGGGCAUGAUCCCGCGUGCCGUGCACCAAAUCUUUGAUACGGCCACAACACUGGAACAUAAGGGGUGGACGUAUGAGAUGGAAGCGCAGUACCUAGAGAUUUAUAACGAGACGAUUCGGGAUUUGAUUGGUGGUAAAGAGGGCAAGCAUGAGAUUAAGCAUUUAGGGUCUACGACGGUCGUGACGGAUGUUGUUACUGUCAAGGUUGAGACGCCUACCCAAGUUCAUGAAGUCUUACGAAAAGCGUCGCAUAACCGUGCUGUUGCAGCUACCAACUGCAAUGAACGGUCUUCGCGUAGUCACAGUGUCUUUACUCUCCGCCUUAAAGGCACCAACCCCCUAACCUCUGAAUCCUCCUCUGGCACCCUCAACCUGAUUGACCUAGCCGGCAGCGAACGCCUCUCCUCCUCUGGCUCAACCGGGGAUCGCCUCCGCGAAACCCAAGCCAUCAAUAAAUCCCUCUCGUGCCUGGGCGACGUGAUCUCCGCCCUCUCAUCCGGGGACAAACAUGUCCCGUACCGAAACUCGCGGCUAACCUACCUAUUACAAAAUUCUCUUGGAGGGAAUUCCAAAACGCUCAUGUUUGUUAAUGUGAGUCCUCUUUCUGGGAGUUUUGGCGAAACGCUUUGUUCUUUGAGGUUUGCGACAAAGGUUAAUUCUUGUAUGAUUGGGAGUGCUAAGAGGGUCAAAUAAUUGAGCAAGUGUAAAGGGGGAGGGGUUGUAUUUGGAGUUUUGUUAAUAUAUAUAUUAUAUAUUUU